GUGAUGCUUGCUGUCCGGGACAUUGACCUGUUUGAGGACAUGGCGACAGCGUUGCCAUGGGAACACAGACCUGUGGAGGUGGUCAAGGAACUGCUGGGAUUCUCAGCUGAUCUGCAGGUCCGAGACCACAGCGGUUGUUCUGCUCCCCAUUAUGCUGCUGCCAUCACCAGCUCUCUGAAGGACGAGAUCAUUCACAUGAUGGUGGAGGCCCUGAGUCACACAGAUGCUGCCUCCAUGUCAGUCCUAGCCCUUGACAAAUACUCAUGCCAGGAUUCGGGCUCAGAGUUUGGAGAUUCAGAUUUAGAGUUGGACCUGGAGAGCCUUUAUCCUGAUCAGUCCAUCGCUGCUUCCCCCACUCAGACACCAACCCAUCAGCACGGCUUUCUACUAUACAACCACACAGGGGAAGUGCUGGAGUCUGCAGGGUACCCUCCUCCAACUGACCAUCAUAAAGGCCUAACCCAAGAUAAGGGAAUCCCCCUCUGUUUCCAAAACGCCAUGGAAACCCUAAGAGACAUCAGGCAAACCUACCAGGAUGCAGGGAGGGGAAGCAGCAGAGGAGGUUUGUCUCUGCCCAGCUUGGGCGACAACAGCAGGCGCUGGAGCCAUCCGGAUCCUGCUCCCUCACCUGGUUUGCUGAGUACCAGGACAUGCGGUCUGCCGGUACCCCCUAAACACAGGCAGAGAACAAGAAGUGUAGUUGCUGCGUCCCCAUCCUCUCCUGGCCUAUUGUCUGUGGCUGAGACCAGCCAGCUCAGCCAAUCAGCUCCCAGCAUCAUGGAACCACUACUGUGUUCAAACACUAUGAUCCAGGCCAGAGCUCACAUUCAGACCCGACUGGGUUCUCAAGACACUGUAAAUGAGCAAAAGUUCUCACAGGGUCCCUUGCUCGCUCUGCAUCCCAGAACACCUAAGUUGUUGGCACCACUAGACAGCAGGCCCAGGGAUAUUGCAGCUCUGCCAGCACUAAAGCAUCACGUUCCCCUGAAGCCCAUUAGCCGCAGCCCCCUUUGCCCCAGGACAAGGCUGAGGAGACAGAGGCUGUCCUGGGGCAGCCCACGCGCUGGCCCUCUGACCACUAAGGGGGGUAGUGAGGAGAGCGGGUCCAGCAGCAGCCAGAGUUCCAUCGAUCUGGAAGAUGAGGAUAACGAGAUGCGUGAGAGAGCUUCAGGAGGAAGCCAUCUAAAGUUUGUUAGCGAGAGACUGCUGUUAAACAAUGUGAGCUCCACCAAGGCUGAUUUGCUCGGGGGGACACGGCAGCAUUUCAAAGCUCAAUCAAGGCUCAGUUCUAUUCCAGCAAUCCACAGAUCAGUGCAUGACCUCGAUGGAGAGCCUAUAAAUCAUUCAAGUGAUGAUCUCAGCAAGGAAAGAGCUGUUAACUCUCACUGUAAAGACAAAGCUACUAAUAUGAGUUAUACAAGAGAGCCUGUUGAUAGUCAGUCAUUUAUAAAAUGUAAUUAUGGACAUCAAGAAGACACCUUGAACAAUGAAAUACCUAUCACACCAAAGUCUAAGGCAGAAAAGACUAAUGUGAGCUGCACCCCAGAGCCUGAGACUGAGAUAAGCCAUGGGAUAACAUUUAAUAUGAACAAUGAUCUUGGUGAUCUUUUUGCAUCCUCUGAAGAGACUUCCAGAUAUGACCUGCAGCAUAUAAAACAAACCGAAAGAACAAUGAGGGAUUCUUGUUGUGAAGAAACUAGAGUAGAUAACCAUCAUAAGGAGGAUGUAAGGUCAACUCUGAGCACUACUGAGGAGAAAAGGCAAUUAUUUACUCCAGCUGUAACCCUUCCACAGUCAGACAUGGAUCCCAGGAGAGAGGAAAGGAUGCUGAAAGUCUCUAAGCCUGUCCGGAACAAGGAGAAUAGAACAAGCAUGAAAGGUGAACUAAGAGCAAACAUUCAAACAAGCCAGCAGUCCUUCAAUGUACUAGCAUACAAAGACCGAAGCAUUCUUAAUCGGAACAAGUCCAAAAGCAAUCUCAAGUUCUCCUCACUUUCCACACAAGUUAAAGAUAAAUCGAGGAAAAGCCCCGAGAUAAUAAUCAGUGGCGAGCCGGUCACAAAGGUAAAGCUUAAAUCUGUUAAAGUUCCUCACUGUCCAUCACCACGGAAGAAGCUUAUUGAUCAGGGGAAAAGAGCAAAUCCUGACAAAAUGAAUAACAGAGUCCAACAGCAUCCACCAGUGAGGGAGCUGAAGAAUAUCCGACAGUUAAAGAGACCUGGUCUAGCGGGGGCAGCAAGGUCUAAAUCAGUUUCAGACUUCAUCACCUACAAAGACAUGUUUCAACAGAUACAGAGUGCGGAUGAAGGACCGGCCAUCUACGAGAUGUUUGCUGGUCCGAUCUAUGAUAAUCUACGAGUUUCCAGCUCCUGUGAGAAAGUAAAGGACAGACAAGUGCAAUCUGCUCCACCUAGGAAGACGCAGCAGUGCCAUAAAGUCAAACGCAGACCGUUGAAACAAGCACAGAAGAGAAGUCCAGGGGACAGUAUGGUGGUUUUAGAUAAAAUCAAACCAAAACUUGCAUCCUCCAGAGUGAAACCUCACCUCACACCAGUACCAAGGAAUGCCACACACAAAAUAAAGGACAUGCCUGAAUCAGAUGGACACACAGAGUUAGUUCUCUCAAAAGAUGUUGAUAAAUGUCAUAGUAGUGCUCAAGGAAAGGUUGGAGAUCAUAUGUUAAAUACCAUAGAGGAAGCUCUUUCUCUAUAUGAAUCUGAAACAAUCAAAUCUGAUGACAAAACACUCACUAUACCAGCAGCUUCAGCUCAUGCUGAAGAUUAUAGUCACAUGCACAUGAAUAUGCAAGAAACAGAAAACCCAAACCCAACGGGUUCUGAGCCUGUGUUACCUGAAAGCCCCCAACAUCCGAAGAUCAACACCUGGACGUCUUCCGAAAGGAGCAGCAGCAACACCAUCAUGUCUCCGGUUUACCAGAAGUUUCUGGAUGAGGUGGGGGACGGACCCCUUACGGAUGACCUGCUCCAAUGUCUGGCUGAAGAGCUCAUCUCAUUGGACGAGAGGGAUGUAUCUGAAAACUCCAACAAAGAAGAUGAUCCCGUAUCAGGGGUGAAUACAUUUCCUGAGGUUAACUCAGUGGACAGUGCUGCUCUGCUUGGCUCUGGGUUGGUUGUGGAUGACGCCAUCACAUGGACAAAGGGUGAAGUACUUGGCAGGGGAGCCUAUGGGACGGUGUACUGUGGCCUGACUGGCCAGGGCCAGCUGAUAGCUGUGAAGCAGGUCAGCCUGGAUGCCUCUGACCCUGACGCAGCAAAGAGGGAGUACGGUCGUCUGCAGGGGGAAGUGGAGCUGCUCAAAACCCUUAAACACAACAGCAUCGUGGGCUUCCUGGGGACUUCACUUCAUAAGCAUGUGGUUUCUAUAUUCAUGGAAUACGUCCCAGGAGGAUCCAUCGCUAGUAUCCUACACAGGUUUGGUCCUCUUCCAGAGCGCGUCUUGGCUCUAUACACCCAGCAAAUCCUGGAAGGGGUGGCCUACCUUCACCUGAACCGGGUAAUCCACCGUGACUUGAAGGGUAACAACGUCAUGCUGAUGCCAACUGGAGUCAUCAAGCUCAUAGACUUUGGCUGUGCUCGCCGUCUCAGCUGUCUGAACCACACAGCUAGCAACAGUGGUGAUCUGCUCAAGUCUGUCCACGGCACACCUUACUGGAUGGCACCAGAGGUUAUCAACGAGACAGGAUAUGGCAGGAAAUCAGACAUAUGGAGUGUGGGGUGCACAGUGUUUGAGAUGGCAACAGGCAAACCACCAUUGGCACACAUGGACAAGAUGGCUGCCUUGUUCUACAUUGGGGCUCAAAGAGGGUUGAUGCCAUCGUUACCAGAUGCGUUUUCGGAGAACGCCAGGGAUUUUGUAAAUAUCAGUUUAACAAGUGACCAGAGACUUCGGCCAUCUGCAGACCAGCUGCUGAAGCAUUCAUUCAUCCCCCAAUGUGGGACUGGAGUGACCUCUUGGGAAACACAGAAGAACUGCUGCGGUCACCCAGAGGGACUGUGUGGUUAACAAUACUAUGAAUAUAUUUAGUUCAAGGAAACUUUUAAAUGAUUUCAGUCGGAUUCACAACUUAAAAUUGAUAGUAUUAUUUUUGUGACUGUUUGAGGUCUGCCACCUAUCCCCAGUGAAGCACUUGUAAUUCAGGAACAUGUGGUGCUGGGAGUGACCCAGACCUUUUUGGAAACUACAAUACAAAGUAGAAGACAUCAUCCUUGCAUUCUUGAGUUGAAGUUAAACAAAGUACAUAAGAAGCACUUUUAUGCAUUUAAUAGAGCCUAUAAAAUGUGAACAGAUAGAUGCCAGAUUGUGUCACUUUGGGACAGUUUCUAUAGCAAUCUUAUACACGUGCCAAUCUUAUGAAUACCUUAACUUUUUUUUACAUGUAUAGUUUUUUUCUGUGAUUCCAAUGACUUGUGCCUAAUCCAUAUUGCAGCAUAAUUUUCAGAACCUACUGAGAAUGUGAAUUAUUUCCUGUUAGAUUUCCUCUGACAAGUACUUAUGAAAGCAGUGUGUGCAACUGUACAACAUGCCACUGACUAGAAAGACUGUCAGUACUAUAUACUGUAUAAGCAAUUAUUCCACGGCACAUGAACGCUCUACAAAUGCCCUAUUUCGCAAUGUAAAUAAAGAAAGUAAAAAAUUGAUGUAUCCACACUGUGAUGUGGAUCCUCUUCAACAUGUAAUGGACUCAUCAUUGCCCUAUGCUACAGCCUUCCACCUAGUUUCAUGAAAAUUUUGACAGUAAUUUUUCAGUAAUCCUACAA